AUGUGUCGCGGUAGCAGCCUAAUGCAGUUGAUACUCGAGCUCCUGUCACUAUGUAUCCUGUUGGUGACCAUUUUCGGCCAACGUUCGGAGGCGCUUACCACUUUCGGGCGAUCGGGAGGUCGCAGUUCGGAGGUUCGCGUGGCGCUUGCGUCGCAGACGGCUCGUUGUAGUGAUCUUUUUACGAUCGAUCGUGAGGACACGUACCAGAAGUGGUACGAAGGAACGCUGGAACUGCGGCCCAAUGUAACCCUACGCUACGUACAGUUGGUGCUCCAGUUUGACCGGGAAGUAGAGCAGUUAACGAACUACUUCGGUCACGUCAGCACCCUGGAUCACCACAGUUUCCACAUAGCCAACAUGACGUACGCCAUGCGGGCCGGAACAAUCGUGAAAAUCCCGGUAGAAGUGUCCUACACGUCGUCCACCAAACCGACGGUCGUGCGAAUUGAAGUGAACGGUCUCACAAUCUGUCCGCUAACCAUGAUACCACUGACGCGUCCUCGCCCGUCAAUUCUCCUGCGUCCUGCCACCAGCGUCGAAAGACCGGUGGUAAACUCUCGAAACUUCACCAAAGAUCAUGAGCAGCAACAUUUCAACUCAUCCUGCCAGGCGAUCCGUGCUGGUGCCGUUGUGUCCGAUGGCCGGUGGGACGCGGUGAUGGAUCUGGUGGCCGAGAAUACCAUCGAUCGUGCCGUGAUCGAAAUCGUCUUCGAUCAUCCCGUGUACAUAGUGGGGAACCACUUCGGUGAGGUUACGACAGAGGACAGUACGCGGUUUCGGAUCGAAAACCGUACCUUCAUCCUGGCGAAGGAUUCGCAAAUAGAAUUGAACUUCUUCGUUCGUUACAACCAAAUUGGACCACUGCCGGACGUGGUGGAAGUAAACUUUAAUGGCCACAACUACUGCCGGCAGCGUCGUCGUCGCGUGCUGAACGGAAAUGGCGGAGCUGAUGGCGAAAUCUGGCGAGAUACAACGCCUAGGCCCACUAUCAAUGAUCGUGAUUUUGCUAGAGUGACUACCGAUCGGCCGGCAACAGGAAGUGACUCAGAGGAGCUGCCGUGGCCGUUGGAUGAGAGUGAAUGUGCGACAGUCCUACCGCCGGUCGCUAAACGAGUAAAGUCGCGAAUAAUCGGUGGUGUGGCCUCCGGACAGGGUGAACACCCGUGGCAUGUUGCCAUUUAUCUGGAUGAGCAAUAUCAAUGUGGAGGAAGCAUCGUGGGCAGACGGUGGAUUCUGACGGCGGCACACUGCCUGACGCGGCCCAACACUAAUGAAACACUCGACGCUGGGCUGUUCCGUGUGUACGCGGGAAUCAUCGACAUCAGCACGAUCGAUGACCACCUUUAUCGUACCGUUGAUAUGGUGAUUGUUCACCGAGAGUACAAUCCGGUUAUGUUCACGACCGAUAUUGGCUUGUUGCGGCUGAAGCGUAACAUCACGUACAAUAGUUUCAUUAGGCCGGUGUGCCUUUACAAUCGGACCGUGGACAUUAGUGGGUUUUAUGGGCGCGAUGGUAAGGUGACGGGUUGGGGUUUCAACCGGGAGGGUGUUAUCAGCAAUGUGCUCAACUAUCUGGAAGUACCGGUCGUCUCGCAGAAGGUGUGCUCACAGAAGAACGUCCAGUUUAACGUGGUGCUCGCCGUCGGAGAGUCGUUCUGUGCUGGGCAUGCAGAUGGAAAUUCAGUUUGCAAUGGCGACAGCGGUGGCGGAUUGGUGUUUGACGAGGGAUCUCGCUACUACAUUCGCGGUAUCAUUUCGAUCAGUGCCCAGCGUCGCAAUCUGCUCAUCUGCGACCCGAACCAGUACUCCGUGUUUACCGAUGUUCCCAAGUUCCGCGACUGGCUACGGCAACAAAUUUCGUAGGCCCCAAACACUUUGCUUUGGUUAUAAUGGGACGAAAGUAUUUAUUUGUAUCUCCGAGGGCAACAAUAAAAAUCAUAAGCAGAACGAGCCAAUAAUCAA